AUGAGCCGUCCAGAGGAGGGUUUCUGUUGCGGACGUCCCAUUGCGAAAACGGACGUCCGCAAAGCAAAAGUGUCAAUGGCUGUCAGUGGAAACCAUGCUGGAGGGGAUGACACUAUCCCGGUGAUGAAUGAUGCAGAGGUGGCGAGCGCGCCGUCGGGGUAUGAGCCAGGAGAAGCGGGCUUUGGGGCGCUCAGCACGGAGAGGGGCCUGUUCCCACUGCGCUCCGUGCAGGUGGCCGCCAAGAUCUCUGCACUCUCCUGCCACGUCACCCUCCACCAGACGUUCGUCAACACGUUCGACUCCCCCCUGGAGGCCACCUACAUCUUCCCCCUGCCAAGCGAAGCCGCAGUGACGUCAUUCCGCCUGGAGGUUAAGGACCGGGUUAUCGAAGCGGUUGUCAAAGAGCUAGGGGAUGCUCGGGAGGAGUACGACCAGGCAGUGCGCAGCGGGUAUCGGGCGGCGAUUGCAGAGGAACAACUCCCUGGGGUGUUCUCUGUCCGCGUCGGCAACAUUGCGCCGCGCGAGGUCGCCUCUGUGCGCCUCACGCUCGCGGCGCCGCUCCCGUUCCGCGACGGCGAGGCCACGUUCCGCUUUCCGCUCGUGGUCGCCCCGCGGUACAUACCGAGCAAUGGGCUGGACGCCGCACGAAACGGUUCCGCUGCGGACACGCAUGCCGGAACGCCGGACAUGUCCCGGAGCAGCCCUCCAGUGAUGCUGCCCGGAUUUGAAGAACCGGUUCAGUUAGGGAUCGAGAACAAAUGGGUGAAGCGCAUUGUGUCUUCGAGAACCUUUCAAGUCCUGGACACAGGCCAGUUGCCUGCGGAACAUUCUCCUCUCUUGUUCCGUUUGGCGACCUUAAGCGUCCGUUCCAGCCUGCACACCAUCUCCGUUUACGACACGACAACCAACGGCCCUCAAGGCUCCAAGUCACCCUCUGCCGCCAUCCGACGGCUCCGACUGGACCCCAAAGGAGACCGCCGCCUGAACCGCGACUUCAUUCUGCGUUUCAACGUUACCGACCCCGCCAAUUCGCCGAUCGCAACUUCGCUGGCUCUCUCCGACGACCCUGGCGACGAAUCAGAGGAGGGCACGUGGCAGCUGACGCUGCUCUCCGCCCAGAAUGGCGGAGUGCAGACAAACCCCAGGGACGUGGUCUUCGUGCUAGACCGGUCGGGGUCGAUGGCCGGGUGGAAGAUCGAAGCUGCACGCGCGGCAAUGGCGCGAAUAGGUACGCUGACCGAAGACGACCGAUUCUCACUCUUGGCCUUCGACAACGAGAUUGAGACCCCCGACCUCCCAAUCCCGGAUUGGGUCAGCCAGAUCAAGUCACGUUUCGAGCGACCUUCCAAGGCCUACAACCCCAGCUUGGUCGCCGCCACGGAGCCACAUCGUCGCGUGGCAACGGAAUUCCUCUCCAAAGUGAACGCGCGCGGCGGAACGGAGAUGUUGAUGCCGCUUGAGACCGGCGCGGCCGCGCUCACGUGGCCGCCGCCCGGGACGUUUGAUUCGGAAGGGUUUCUGACGCGCGAAGCGGCCGCGCGGCCGCGCAGGCACAGGGUUUUGGUUUUGAUGACGGAUGCGCAGAUCCAGCGCGAGGACGCGGUGAUUGGCGCCCUUGGCCAGCAGCUGCAGGGAACCCGCAUUUUCGCCGUUGGCAUCGACCAGGCCGUCAACGAAGGCUUCCUCACGCGCCUCGCCGCGCUAGGCGCCCCCGGCGGGCUCUGUGAGCUCGUGGAAAGCCGCGGCCGCCUCGACGCGGCCGCGGCGCGCAUCGAGCGGCUCAUGUGCGCGCCCGCGCUCACGGACGUCCAAAUCGACGGCCUCAAAGCGGACGGGAUCGAAAUGAUUCGAGGAAGUGUGACGCCCAGAAACUUGGGCGGCGUCUUUCCCGGGGUGCCCUUCGUGAUCCGCGGCCGCUACCGCAAAACCCGCGCGCAGGAAGAAUGCGCGAGCGCACCCGUCCUGACAGUAUCGGGCCGGACGGCGGCGGGCGAGAGCUGGACGCAGGUCGCGGCGGCGCACGUGACCCCGAACCCCGCGCUGCGCGCGCUUUGGGGGCGCGCGGCGAUCCGCGAGCUGGACGACCAGUCCGUCUUCGCGACGGUGGCGCUGGGCAAGGACGCGGGCGGCCUGAUCCUCGACCUGCUGCGCGCGCGCAUCCUCGAGCUGUCCCUGCGCUGCAGCGUGCUGAGCCGGUUCAGCGCUUACGUGGCAGUAGACCGGUCGGAGAAAGUGGAACCGGGCACCUGGGGUACCGCGCACGUGACGCAGCCGGUGGAAGUUCCUGCCGGGUGGGAGAACGUACCGGUCGGGACGGCUUUGCGGCUGCGACCGCGCACUGGAGGGUUUGUGCAAUGCGGCGAUGUACAGACCCCCAGAGUGGACGACGGGAGCGGGAUCGGGAGGCUCGACUUGCUCAGCGAUGAUACGAGCGACUAUAGUGACUACUUCGCUGACCUUACCGAGAAUGACGAGGGUUUCAGCUUCUUCGGGUGGAGAUUCCCGGGCGCGGGCGCGCGUUCGGAACCGCACAAAACCCCGACCAUCAAGGCGUGCCUGAAGCUCGUCGAGCGCGCGCUGCGCGAGGACGACCCCGCGCGCGUCAGGGACCUGGUGACGUCAUUCUGGACGCUUAUACCGCACUUAUACAACUACAUGACGCGCGUGGCGGGUGAGCAAGGGGCGGUGUACGCUUCAGAAUUGUCCAAGUUGGAAAGUUCGCUUGAGGGCGAGUUUAUGGAGACGGCCUGGGUCACGGACGGCGGAAGGCUCCAUGAGCGGACGAAGAAGUUGCUAGAGAAGGUACGGGAGAUUUUGAUGCGCGCGCAGGCGGCGCUCGGCGGAGGCGACCUGAUUUGA